AUGCCACCACUCCUCCAUCCGAAAUCGCGAAUGACGUCGUCGCUCUUCGCAACGACAGUCGCCGCCUGCUUCCUCGUUGUCACGAUUCCGCAUCUGCUCCCUUGCCCUGUACCACGAGCCCGAUUUGCCGAUGGAGAUGUUAUGGUGGACGAGAAUGGCCGACGACUAAGAUGGAAGAGGAAGGAUACCAACCCAAGAGUCGAAGAUGGAAUCGUUCAGUUCAACGAUUUGACGACCGAAGAGACCGAGAGUGCACAGGACAGAGCGAAGAGGGAGUGCCCGUUACCGAAGCCGGGAGGUAUGCUAGGCGAGUGGUUGGGAUUCCACAAGGGCGACAACGAGACUGGACGAUGA